AUGGAGAGAGAGGCGGUGUCUGCUGGAUCAAUCAACUGUCAUGAUUGGGUACUAAAGCUGUGCAGCUUAGAUAAGCAUGGGCUUGUAUCCGGUCUAUCCAACGGAAAGAUUGAUGUUAUACCGUUUGGACAAACAGAGAAGCAUAAAGAGAUCAAUGCACACGGUGGUGCUGUUAACAGUGUGCGGAAGGUCGAUGAGAACUCUUUUUGCAGUUGCAGCAAUGAUGGAAUCGUGAAAAUAUGGGAUCUCAGAUCUCCUAACGGCAAUAAUUGUGUCGCUGCAAUGGAAGGUGUGAAGAAUCUUCCUUUUGUGUCCUUGGAUGCACGUGACACUUUAGUGGGAGCUGGCACAGAGCUCAAGGGUGAUUCACAUUUGUUUAUAUGGGAUAGAAGGAGACUUAGUGUGCCGUUUAAGCAGUUUACCGAAUGCCAUCAGGAUGAUAUUACAGAAGUCAGAUUUCAUCCAACUAGACGCAAUAUGCUUUUAAGUGGGUCAACAGACGGUUAUGUCAACGUUUACGAUUUGAAGGCCGAGAAGGAGGAAGAUGCGUUGUUGCAGGUGAUAAAUUUUGCCUCUGUGCAUUCGGCAAACUUUUUGCCCAACGAUAAAUUGUACACUUUAUCGCACAUGGAAACUUUCAGUGUUCACUCCUUGAUAGACACCACAACAGAAGAGUCCGUGGAGUCUGACCCAGUUGAUUAUGGGGAUAUCAGGGACAAAUGGAGUUGCGAGUAUGUUGUGGAUUUAUAUGCUCCAGGUUAUAUUUGCUGCGGGUCAAAUAGCACUAAGCAGUUGCGGUUGUACCAAUUUGAUCCCGAAAAAGUGGCUUUUGAUGGAUUAUCCACUGAUUCUGACUAUAUUUCUCUGCCUGGUGCACACGGAGAUGACAUUGUGAGAGAUAUGGUCAUUCAUCAUGGUGUCAUAUAUACUGGCGGUGAAGAUGGCCUUGUUAAAAUAUGGAAUGUGUCGGGUAAUAUGCUCGGGGACACUAGCUCUAGGUUUUUCGGACAGGAGGCUGGUUCGAAGAGUCAUCAUCAUCACAAGCACACUCAAAAGAAGCCAAUUAAGACAAUAGAUGCUGAGGAUGGCCAUAUUCAUCAUAGUAAGCGCCAUGAGGGGCAAGAUGGUAGUGUCGAGCCACGGCAUCAUCAUCAUCAUAAUCACCACCAUCACCACUCACACAAGUCCUCGCGGUUCAUGCCGUAUUCUAGGGAGUAA